AUGGAUCUUCUCUCGAAGUAUCUUUCCCAAGUUCGUGCAGGCGGCCAGGAGCCUGACGAGGAGAUCAUGGCUUUCCUGGAACAAGCCGAAAGGGUGCCGACAUCGGAGUCUGACGGGUCUCCGGUCUCCUUUCAGAGCGAGUAUCGUCUCUACACGAACCUGAGCAAACAGCCGGGUUUUGCCGGCGAGCGAGCACAGUUAAUACUGCGGACUCUUAAGAUCAUGGAAGAGGCCUGCAAGACGCCUCUGACCUCCCUCCCAGCCGCCACUGAGGCCUCCAAUUCUCUCUCGGCUCUGGACCCGCCCUAUGCACGAAAGGCCGACUUCCUGCGGCGUGUCUUUGCCCCGCAGCUUGUCCGAGGACUGCGGACCUAUUUGGGGUCUGUCUUCGCAGGCUCCUUGCUGAGUCAAAGCGCUACUCUCAUCGAGCAAUCAGUUCUGUUCUUCAGUGACCCGGCGUUUCAAUCCUUUGUCAGUGAUGCGGGCCUGGAUGCGGACAUUCAAGACAUUCAGGCCAGAGUCGACGGACUUAACGCUCUCCACGGUACCGUGAGCGCGAUCAACAAGCUCCUGCCCGAAGAGCAACCGGCGCUAGAGUCCCUUUUUAUUCCAGACACAUUCUUCUCGCAUACAGAGACCUUGACUGCCAUCCUGCAAGACUUUGAUAAAAGGCUGGAGAAGCUUGAAGGCCCCGUUGCCACGAAGAUAUUAGCGCUCCUUUCUUCUGUGAACCCGAAUACACUUGGUUCUCACUUUUUCAUAUUUCCGGAGAUCUCUUUUCUCUUUAAGCGCCCGUCGAUCAGGGACGCACUGCGGCCCGCAAACAGCACUAUCGUCGCCAACAUAAUCCAGUCCUUUAAUGACAUGAUGGCCAGCGCGAGGAAUACCCUUGGUUCUCUAAGUGAGGGGACCCAUGCAGACACUAUGGUGAGGCUGAAUACGAUAAGACAGACUAGAUCGAUCCUAAACGCCUGUAGCACCAAUCUCCUUCCAUUCAUGGAGGAUCUCUGCGGAGCCGAUGUAUCUAGCCUGGCAAGUUUCUCCUCGUCUGUCCAGUCGAGUGUUGAGUUUUUCAAGACUGCAGAAGAGGACGCGGUGCGUAGUGCCCGACAGCUGCUCUCUGCAUAUAUGAAGUCCAUACAAGGAUCCAUCGCGCUCUUUGCCGAGUCUCCUGGAAACGGGUUUUCAACCAUGUCUGCGCAGCCUAAUUGCAUUCUGCUUCUUUACAUGAAUAAGGAAAAGCACAUGGUGGCCCAGUUUCCUGAGAAGAUGCUGGGUGUCCACGCCCUCGUCACUUUCCUUUCUGGCCUGGGGUAUGAUCCGCAGAAGCUUGCGCUUCCCGCGGAGGUUGUUUCUUGCAUGCAGCUCGUCACCUAUCUCACGCCCUAUGUCGCUACUUUGCAGAGCGCGGCAGCCUUCUACAACGAACUUUCUCAGAUCAUCCGUCCGUAUCAAAAGCCCACCAUUCUUAAAGCCGCUCAGGUCUAUGACACGGAGUUACAGAAGGCAAUCCAACAAUCAAACAUCCAGCCGUUCCAGCAGAUCACAUGUGACAUUGCAUCUGCCGAGAGCUCGCAGGAUCCCUCUAACCCUGUACCUCGUUUUGCUAAGAUUAGUGAGCACAUCCGGAAGAUCCAUGCCCGGUUUAAGGAGAGCCUGGGAAAACUAGACGACUUCCACAAGAAGGGUAUGGAUAUCCUCGUGUCUAUAUCCAGAGUGUCCCUGAUCUCUGGGCAGUUGCGCUGGACCGAGGCAAUGUCUUCUCUGAAAAACCUCAUCUCGGGCUUCAUUGCCAACUUACCGGAGCCGUGCGGUUUCACGGUUGUGCAGUAUUGGACUGGAUGCGUGGCGAAGGUACUUGCAGCCAAGUAUUGUGGCGCGCUGUCUUCUGACCUUUCUCUGCUAACCCCCUUGCCCACCCCGAUCGGAAUCAACCAGACAACCGGUGCUCUCACCCUCUCUCCAGACAGUGUCAAGGAAUAUUUGCUCAGGCAGCUAAUGUCUGUCGUGGACCUUCCUGCCAACUCGAACUUCCACCUGUCGGAUGACCCCGCGCUAGUGAAACUCAUCAGCGACAUGCGCGCGUUAUCCGUUAACACGCUUCCGGGGGCUUUGGUGAAUAUCAGCAAGAUAGCCGCGCACCUCCACCAAAUGGAGGCUUUUAUCCAAAGAGAAUGCGCGCUGGUCCUGCUUUCUGGCGCCCAAAACCCGAAGGCCUGUGCAGAAAGACUCCAGACUCUAGAAAACUGCAAACGGCUGGCAGACCUGAGUCAAUCUUACAUGUCACAAGUAAGCCAGCCCGAGGAUCUUCUUCUUGCCAACCUGCCUUUUCUGAUCCCGCAGCCAGGGUCAGAGAAGCACAUCUACAACGUGUCUCCUUCCAACGGGGUGAUCACGGUUAACAUAGAGCAUGCAAUCCGCCUCGUGAAUAAGAAGCCUGCAGCCAUCCUAGACGUCGCCGUAGCCGCGGCGAGCUACUUUGCUGAGCAGGCAGCCGACAAGAUAAGCACGGAGUGCUCUGGCUUCACGAAGCGUUGCGACGCUAUUCACGGGGCUUUUGCCAGCUCUGAUGACUUCACAGACUUCACGGCCUUCUUCCAGGACGCCCAUACCCUGCUGAAAGGUAAGUUGAAGAAAGUGCACGAGGAGAUGCUGGGAUUUAAGGCUGUUAUCCUGCUUUCUAGCGCCUUCUAUGAAAAUGUGCUCUCUCUCAUUGACGCCGCAGACGCCUCAUUUCUCUCUUUGUCUAACAGGCUGAACAACAUCGAGUCAGAGCUGGAGGCGAAGAAGAAGGAGUUCUGGGACAUUUUAGUGGACAAGCUAGCCGGCAGCGGCGAGGCCUCUCUCCUGAGCAAGUCCAAGGAUGUUCUGGCGCAGCUAACUGCGGGCAUUCAGGAGUUCACCGCCUACUGCGAUGCAAACACUAGCGUGCGUGCUCCUGCCGAUCUUGCUGAGUUUAAUUCCUUCUUCAAAGUGCUCUUUUUCACCAGGACCGACGCAGAAAAUGGAGUCAUCUAUGGCGGAAAAGCGGCGUGUGCUUACUCGUUGCUCUUCGAUGAGGUCCGCCAGAACGUGGCCGAGAUACUUGCCACUAUGCAAACCCUCUCGUCCGAGGCUCUCUCCAUCUUCAACGUCGACUACAUGUCCAUGCUUCCCACGGAAAGCGCUAAGCAGCUCAAGAACAGCGUUGCAAUAAUUUCUGCCUUCAAGGACGCGUUUUCUGGCUUUCUUCCCAUACUAGUUGAACUGGAGGCGGGGUGCUCUGCAUUCAUGCGGCUGGAGUGGAGCAUCGUCAAAAAUAGACUUGACAUGGCAGACUUUAUCCAGACAAAGGCCCUGGCAUGCCGGGAGAAGUUCCUUUCUGAGAUAACAGAUAUCUCCGACCUCCUAGGGGCUGUGGACCUGCGAGGGAGUGCAUUGACGCUUGAGUCCAUCAGCAGCUUGAAGCAGGCCGCGACUCUCUACCUCACCUUUGUGGCGGCAUUGUUUAGCCAGUCACUAAGUGUAUUCAAAGCCCUCCGUAGCAACUCCUUGACCCAAGCCCAUUACCGUGAGAUCAUCGAAAAGACCAAUCUUGGCUCCAUAAUAAAGUACUUUGCCUUGAAGGCCGAUACUGUCGCAGCCUCAAUUGUGGACACCAUGAAUGGGUGCCAGGUUCUUUUCCUAGCCGCAGUUUGCUUGUUUACAAACCGAGGAAAUAUCUCCGCAGAGAAUCCUCAAACAACGGAGUACAAGAAGACCAUAAGCAUAAUUCGUGAGGUAUGUGUUCGUGCCGAAAAUGAGACCAGCAUUCGAGCGGCGGUCGAGGAGACCUCCUACUGGCUUGCAUCGGAGGCAAAGCUCCUCUUUGCCCUCCACGAGCUAACGCCUUUGGCGCAAGAGGAGCUGUGCUCGGUUGAGCUUGGUCUGAACAAGAAGACGGGUCUAACACUGAUCCCUCUGUCUGCGGUCUGGAAGCACCUCUUUUCGCAGCUGGUCGAGAAAAGAGCAAUAAUCAUGGCUGUUUCGACCAAUCCAUAUUCCAAGUCACUGAAGAACCAGAUCGACGACUGCACCGCCAUAAUUGAUAGCUACACGCGCCUGGGUCAUGUCAUGGUCACAAUAGCCAAGCAGAUAAGUAUUCUGGAGCCUGUAAUGGGGCGAAGGGUGCUUGUUGCAGAGGAGAAGAAGUUCUACGACAGCCUGCGUGUUUUGUACAGCAUUCUCUUAGCCGACUGCGACGAACUAGUUGAGGUGGCAUGCUGUGGGUCUUCAUUUUCUGCACCCAGCGAGCAGGACCCAUCAUCUGCCCAACUUCCGCAUUCUCGCGGUGUUACUCUGUCACUCAUCAGCAUUAUUAAGGCCCCGGUUCCCUACUCUGCUGGGGCCUUGCAAUCACAUGCCGCUGGGCUCUCACCUUCUACCGCAGACAAUGCAUUCCUUGGGCUCUAUAAGGACGUCAUUGUCACCAUUGAGCUUGUCAGCUGUCUCCUUGCCGACAUUCAAACUAGCUUGCGCAAGUACCUGGAGCAAAAGCGCAUUUUGUUUCCCCGGUUCUACUUCCUGGCAGACUCGGAUGUGCUCGAGAUCCUUUCCACUGGAAGCGCCAAGCCAGAAGAGACCCUCCGCCCGCACAUCAAAAAGCUCUUUUCUGCCAUUGAAACGUUGGUCUUUGGAGAGCCACUGGUUAUGGCAACUGGACAAAAGCAGAACUUCAUAAAGGGUUUUGUUUCUUCGGAGGGUGAGCACAUUAGUUUAUCCACCGCAGUCUCCAUAUUGCCUACAGACCAGCCGGAGCUCUGGCUGAAUCGUUUCGAUACCGCCCAUAGAGAAACUCUUCGCAACCAGCUUUUGAAGGCCUUGAAGAUUCGGGGCGACGGCUGCCUCAAGCCUAUUGCCUCGCUCCCUAUUAAUGAGCUUGUGUUCCCCGCACAGAGCAACGCCUCGAUGGUUCAAUCUGCGCUUUCGGAAGCCUCGCCUUUUGAUAUUAUCACCUCGUGUGUUUCGGUGCAGGCAUCGGUGUCUCCAUAUAGCUACUCUGACAAGGACUUCUAUGGCUUCAAAGACUUCCAAGCGGCAAUCUCUGAGUCCCUUCCCAUCAGCGCGCUCUCCGGAGAAAUGCUCUGCAUCUCUUUCGCCGUCAUGAUGACUGCGCAGAUUGACUAUGCCCUUUACCAGGUGAAGGACGCCACCGCAUCGACCCAGGCCCUGGCCGCCUGCAAGAGUCGUGUCGACCAGUAUCUUUCUAAGUUUUCCAGCAAGCUCUUCGAGGCUAAGAUUGCGCUAGCGAACUUUGGAACCCCCGAGUUUCUCCUGGGACUAAAGAUAAAGGGCCUCCUUGUCGAUAUCUAUCAGUAUCUCAACGUCUUAGGGUCUCUCCUUGCCGUGGACGAGUCGGCGCCAGAUUGCUUUGACUCACGGCGGUGGAUCUGGACCAGAGAACUUAAGUAUCGCAUACACAAAGACUCCGAUGACUUGUAUGUCUUUGCGCUAGACUCCAUAACGCCAUACUCCUAUGACUACCAGGGCCUCCAAGCGAAACUCAUUCACACGCCUCUAACUUUUCGCUGCUACAAUACGAUAUCAGAGGCUAUUGCACUUCAGCUUGGAGGUGUCCUCCAGGGCCCUGCUGGGACGGGGAAAACAGAGUCCACGAAGGCGCUUGGAGGAAAGCUUGGCCGCACCGUCGUGUGCUUCAACUGUGAUACAUCCAUCGAGCGGUCAGAUUUAUCCAGGCUUCUCAUAGGGAUAAUUCUCUCGGGGUCCAUGGGCUGCUUUGAUGAAAUCAAUCGCUUGGAUAGCUCAGUGCUGAGCGCCGUUGCUACAGACAUCGAGGCAAUCCAAAAAGUGAUCCUCCUCCGCUCUGGAAAAACAAGCCUCUGUGCAUUCGGGGAUUGUCGGAACAUAAACCUCGAUGAGAACACCUUUACUCUUUCUGAGAUCACCGUUCCUAUACGGGCCAUAUCUCCCUAUGCCUCGAUCUACGUCACAAUGAAUCCUGCAUCGCGCGAGUACCGUGGCCGCUCUGAGCUCCCCUUUUCGUUGACCAAGCUCUUGCGCGGGUGCUUCAUGGGCAGAGCAGACACCAGCCUUAUCAUCGAGACGAUUCUCUCCACAUCCGGCUUUGUCAAUUGCAAGGAGCUAGCGGAGAAAUGCGACCUUUCAUAUGUCCUGUGCGCUCGUCGAAUUCCGAAACAAGUUCAUCUGGACUGGGGUCUUCGUAGCUUACAGGCUAUCUUGCGUCAGGCAGCAAUAGUACGCGCUUCCUCAUUCAAGAUGCUUUCCGACUCAAGCGCUGAAGCGCUGUAUGGCAUGGAAAGUAACGUCAUAAUUAAGUGCAUCUCAGACGCAACUCUUUCUCGCAUUACAGGGAAGUCGGUUGAAAUCUUCAAGGAGAUCCUGACCGGCGUUUUCGGAUCCAGGGCUAUUAAGCAAUCAGAGUCCACCAUAAAGAAGUUUGGGGCCGUGAGCAGUCUCGAAGAAGAGCUGGUUGGCGCUCUUCCUCCAGAUCUACGUGAGCCGCACGGCAUUGCGGUGUUGCAGCUCUACAGAGCACUUACUACAAAGAUGGGCGUAGCACUUCUUGGAGGCACCGGAAGCGGUAAGUCGUACAUCUUUUCUCUGCUGAAGGACGCAGUCUUCAAGCUUACCAAGGGAAAUAUUGUCAUCCAAGAGUUUCUCAUUGCCCCCAAGUCGAUGUCUCGCCAGGAGCUUCUUGGUUAUGUCGAUCCUGCAACCGGCGAGUGGAACGAUGGUGCCUUAUCUAGCGCUGCCCGUCUCUCUGUUCAGCUGUUGAACAGCAGAGAGCUUCCAUGUACGUGGCCGAUUAUUAUGCUGGAUGGAUCGAUCGACCCUCUUUGGAUAGAGGCCUUGAAUUCCGUCUUGGACGAUAACCGGCUCCUCACAAUGAGCUCCGGCGAGCGGCUCCGCUUCCCGGUAAAUAUGAACCCACUGGAGGCGUACUUCAACUCACGAGAAGUAGACGGGAGGCUAUCUGCUCCGUUGCAAAUGCCUUUGUCGUUCCUUUUUGAGACAGACUCGCUUGCUCAUGCGUCACCUGCUACGAUCAGUCGUCUUGCCAUCAUUGUUGUUCCGGAUACGUCCAUUGACGACACACUCGCACAUUUACGCUAUCAGCUUGACACUAACACGGAUCUGUCUGGCAAGCUAAGUCUUGCCGGCUUCGAGGCGUUUUUUAGAACCGGUCUGCCUGCGUCCAUGAAGAGAGGCACAGCUGCCAUCGACGUCUGUACACACAUGUUCCAUUCUGGAGUGGGUGCGGCUCUUAUGGCGAACAGUGGAUCGGACCUUCAGACUGCUUUCGUUGCGGGGUGCAUACGUUCGUUUUUCUCCGAGAUGAAGAUCUGUCUGGCUGCAGGCCUCCCUGGUGAACUCAACGAGCUCACUCUGGGUUCUGCUGCGUCGGUUCUUGCUGGCAGAAGCAUCGAUCUUCGCGGGACAUUGGCAACGCCGAAGCACGGGGAUUCGGGCCAGGCCCCCCACUUCCACUGGGCCGUCUUGUCCGUCAGGAACUUUCUGACAGCUGGAGUACAGAUAAUCGUUACGGGCUCAAAGACAUGUGGGAAGUACACGGCUCUUCUUCAAGCAGUGGCAGAGACCACUAACAGCAGAGGGCAGAGAUAUAAGGCCUUAACACUUGACUGUUCCCAGCUAACCACGCGUCAGAGUAUAGUAGACCUGCUCUUAUCAGAGUGCGCCGAGACGCAGGGUGCAGACGGGAAUAGAUACCUAAAGCCUCGGAGCGUCAGCACAAAAAUCCUGCUGAUCCUGCGGGAUUGCGACAUAGUUGCUCCGGAUGAGUUCGCCCAUAUCGAGACGCUCACGUUCCUCUGGUCCCUGGUGGCCCACGGGAAGUUCUAUACUAGGGGCGGCACCUGUCUUCAUAUCUCCGACAUUCAAGUAGCACUUACCACAAAGACACUGGACGCGAUCCCCGCCCGCUUGCGGCGUAGAAUGGGGAUCGUUUUCAUGGACGAAGAUCCCCGAGACGCUGAGCUUGUGUGCGGCCCUGACCUAUUUAAGCUGUACUCCUCCUUAAUGAAGGCCUCCACUAGCCUUCAGACUUGGCAGAUGCGAAUGGUUUCCGAAGCAGAGACAGCAAAGCUCAAAACUAGGACCAUGAAUCUGCAAGAGGUGAUCGCUCUACCAGAGCUCCUGAAAUCAGUGGGGUCUCUCACCUUGUUUUCCAUAUCGUCGAUCAAGGCGUUGCUUGCCACCGAGAAGUCCGAAGUGAGUUUGGAAAAGAUAACAAAGCUGCUGGAGAUCUUCCUUGAGGUACCAAUCCCCUAUUCCCAGGGUAAGUCGGCAGCACGCGCGUGUCUCAAGACAAUAAGCCAAGUUUCGGACGAGAAGGUUUUAACCUAUGCCAAGCUUGGGACGACAGCGCAGACGCUCCAGCGCGCAUUGCAGUCUGAUGAAGGCAUACCCGACGCCUAUUUUUCCGACCUCUCCCUAGAGCUAGUCACAAAUAAGAUGCGGAUCGGCCUGCUUAAAGAGCUUGUAUCCUCUCUUGGAGACACCUACAACGGCCUUCGCCUCUAUUAUGCCUAUCUGAACAUGAUGCAGUGGAGUCCCCCACUCAUUGAUACCGUCAUCCACGAAUACUUGAAGCUUCUCUCUGCUGUGGAGAUUUUCCUUAGGUCUUCGGCAGGUGUUAUUAUCUUAUCUCAGCCACACAAUUUCUCAAUGGAGACUGCCCUUGCAGGGGCGCUAAGUAUAGGGUGCACGGUCAUGUUUGCAGGCACUGACCACGCUACUCCUCUUGUACUGCGCUUCCUGGCCGACAGGGUUGCCCAUGGCCACCAUCACAUUGCUUACUUCAUGGACUGCAACACCUUGGAAGCAGACCCAGAAUGGUACGCCCUGCUUUCUGCGCUGUCGAGCCGUGACAUCCUCUACUUCCGAAAUCGACUUUCUGCUGCAGAUCUUAGGAGCUUGGUUGCUACGUUUACCGAGGUGUCAAGCGUGCCGAACGGCGACUCUAUGUCUGAGUCAGAGUUGGCUACGCUCUUUCUGAACCUGUUUGUGCGAGCCGUUCAGCCUGUCAUCUUGCUGAACCCAGAGCGCAGGAGCACCGACGGCAUCUUCUCCCUCGUUCCCGCCCUGCGUCGCAACAUACAGUUGGUCAGUUUUGAACUGCUCUACCUCGACUCCUCCUCUAUUCAGUUAAGCACUACCGACGAUAUUCUGAAGGCACCCAUAAGAAGUAUUGCUCAUACGCUGCCUACAAAAACUGUUUCGAUCAUUUCUGGCGCCUCUAUGGCUUCGAAUGAAGGUAGGAACCUCAAGCCGCUCAACACGAUCGAGCAGAUACUGAAGAUUGCAUCGGGAUACGUAAGUAAGUACCUGUCUGUCUACAAGCCACACAAUACCGUCCAGAUAUCAUACUACACCAAAAUCUAUGUCAUCUACCAUCUCCUCAAGUCUAGGUGGACGUUCAUGCUAAAUAGGAAGCGUGAGCGCCUGUCCAAGGGGCUGAAGCAGCUACAGAAGGCGCAGAGCGAGGUCGAUGCUCUGGCUGCCCAGGCGCAGGAACGCACAAAACAGGUGGAGUUUUCCCAGAAAGAGGCAAACCAGGCGCUAGAAAACAUCUCAAGCCGUAUGUCAGAAGCAAACGACAGGAAGCUGGCCGCUCACGCUCUGCAGAAGGAACUGAGCGAGAGAGAGCAGGGAAUCAUGAAGGACAAGGAGCAAGCAGAUGCCGAGCUAAGCACUGUUAUGCCCGUCCUUCAAGAGGCAACAAAGGCCGUCCAGGCGAUCCCGUCAGACGCCCUUACUGAGAUCAAGUCCUUCCAAUCUCCGCCUCCUGCAGUAUCUGUAGUCCUGGAGGCAGUCCUGGUGCUGCUUGGUCACCAGGAUCUCUCGUGGAAGGGCAUGAAGGCGUUUCUUUCACAGUCUGGCGUUCUCCGCACAAUUGCGAACUUUGACAUGAAGACGGCCAGCAAAGCAUCCAUACAUGCCGUGAACAAGGUUGUGAGGAACAACGCCGACUGCUUUGAGCAGGAGCGCAUCCGCCGCGUGUCCAGGGCAGCAGCACCGCUUGCCAAGUGGAUUCAGGCCAAUAUCAAAUACGCCGAGGUGUGCACUAAGAUGGAGCCUCUGAUGAAGGCCGUGGAAAGCGCCAACAGAAGCCUCGAUAGUAUGCGUAAAGAGAUUCAAACGAUUAAUGAUGAGGUCGCUGCCAUAGAGGCUCAGAUAGCAGGCCUCCGCGAUGACUUCAAUGCGAAAACAGAGCAGCUUGUCAAGUAUAAGCAGGAGCUACAGCAGAUUCAAGCCAAGCAGCGGAAGGGCCAAGAGAUGCUCCACGGGCUCCGGGCAGAGAAGCUGCGCUGGGAAGAGGGGUACAAGCAAGCAAGUCAGCAGCUAGAUAUUAUCGACAAGUGUGCCGUUAAUGCAGCCAUUCUGUUCGUAGUAGCUGGUGCCAGCACAGAUGACAUGCGUGAGAGCUUUUUCGGGAGCCCUGUAUCGGCAAAAGAUGAUGAUAAAGGACUGACCGUCAGAGCUGCCUUUGGCGCGUUACUUUAUGAUUCUGUUACCGUGAAUAGAUAUGUUAGUUAUGGGCUUGUUGCAUCAACUAGUUCGUUGGAGAAUACGGCCAUUUUUGACAUGCUAUACAGUAGUAGCAAGCUUCCGCGAAACAGUGCCCCUCGAGGUGCCGCUGACGAUGACGCUCGUGACAUGCGUGACAUGAGGAAUUAUAAUCUAAUCACAACCAUAGUGCUUUCUCAUGUCACCGAAGCCACAGGAGUUCUCACAUUUUUACGUAACUAUUUCGACCAAACGAAGAACCAAGACGUCUCUGUGGAGGGAACCACUUUUGUAAGUGCUGCCUCGGAGAAUCUAGCGAAUCUUGUUAGUAUUGCAGCCAGGUUUGGCAAAACAAUUGUCGUCCUAAACUGCGACAGUGGGUCUAUUCCCUCUGUUCUAUUCCCAUACAUAAGAUAUUCUGGAGGUGGAUAUAGAGCCUCUGAGAGUGCAGCAGCAGACACACCUGCAGGAACCGGGUACGUGAAUACGUCUUACCUUCUCUCGACAGCAACAACCAUCAUGCCAGUCCAAUCCUUCAAGUUCAGUGAAGUGUCUCCAUCGUUCCGCAUGAUUCUGGUUUCGUCUUUGGAUGUGUUUGUGCCGUCAGAUCUUUCUCAGCAUGUUCUGAUACUAUCCUAUGCACCCACACGAAAGUCUCAGGCUAAUCUGUACACUGAUCGUAUUCUAGCUGAGUGGUCUCCAGAAAGCUUAAAGAAAAUAGAGGAGUUGAGGGACUCUCAGCUGGCGUUCAACGAGCAACUCUUCAAAGUAGAGCAGAACCUUCUCACGGCCCUGAGUGCUGCAACCGACUCUGCCACAACUUCAGAGUCAUUGUCAAUAAUUGAUAAUGUGACUCUUAUGAACGUGCUCAAGCAAGCAGAGCAGCAAACACUCGAAAUACAAAAAGCACAAGAAGGGGUUGAAACCAUUCAAAAGGAGCUUGAUGCUGUAAAAGAGCGCAUUCUUCCAUUGGCAAGAGACAUGGACACUUGUGUCUCAACAUUUUCUUCAUUACAACCGGCAAAUAGCUUAUAUAUCGGAGAUCAGUGUUCAGUGAUGCCGCUGCUGAUUAAAGCCUUACAAAGUAAUAAGCCCUCGACUGCUAAUCCGUCGGAGAUCACUGCAGAUCUAGUUCUUGCAACUCAACAACAGUUCCGUUCAGACACUCUACUCAGGCUCCAGACAUCCGUGUUCUCAAGCGAUGUGGUCGCCGCUUCUGCUCUUUUAUUGCGCAAUUAUUGCCCCGAUAUUUUCACGGAUAGUCUCUUCAAGUACUUUACAGGGCGUGCUGACUCUAAUGCCUCUAUAUCUGUUCCCACCUGGGUUCCCGCCAACCUUACACAAGAGUUUCGAUUGGUCCUGUCAUGCUUUUCUUCGGCACGUCUGUCUACUAUUUCCAUUACAAACAGCUCUGUCUGGAGCAACUUUCCUGCCAAGGUGAAGGUGUGCAACAACCUUAACGACAUAAACCAACUUUUCCCAGAUGCAGCAGGACGCUUAACUUACGUUGAAAUGGCAGCUCUUGUCUCUGCGUGUCGAAAGGACCUGAUUUCCACUGCUUUACAGCUCGCAGUGAGUAGGACCCUCCUCAAGAAUGAUUAUGCUAAGGAGCUGCAAUUUCUGGACAGUAUUGCUGCUGCUAUACGGCACUCUGCCGGUUUUCUCCAGCCUGUCAUUUUGUACACGCUGCAAGGCCAGGACCCUACAAGUACCAUCCCCAACUCUACCCCCAUAACCAUAAAUCCCGGCCAAGAAAAAGCGGCCAACAAAGCUAUUGAAACCGUACUAGAAGAUCUCGGGGGAAGAUACGAAUCAUGGAAAAGCGAGCAAUCUAUUGACACCAUGAGUUCUGCGGUUAUGCAUACGAUUGUUAUAAAAGGUGCCCACCUCUGCGCCAACUGGCUCUCUGUUCUCCCCAGCUGGCUCAUGGAGAGCUCGGUUAGCUUCAAACUGAAAUAUAACGAAGAGUUGCUCUCUCACGUGAAGAUUGUUCUUCUUCUCGAGCCAAAGCCAUACAUUCCUCAGAGUUUAGGCCGGGUCGGGUGGCGCGUAUGUCUGGUAGUUGAUAGCUCUCCCAAAGAAGCCUUCCUGGAUGCUGUUCGGAGAUGGCCAACAACCGUCCCUUCACAGAACAAAACAGAGAGCUUUAUUAGAAAGCUUUACGCCCUGCUCUACAUCUCCACUGCACUCCAUAUCAUCCUGGACGCCCGCCGCCUCUAUGCCCCCCGCGGUGUUGCGCUAGACCCGGGCUGGUCUCAGAACGACCUUACGGCUAUCAUUUCCAUUAUUCAGGACUGUAUGGUUCGCGGGCUUCCAGCAAGCCAGGACGAAAAUGUUUACUUACUCGGAUUCUCAAAGCGGCUGAGUGGCUUGCUACUCGAUGCAAUAUAUGGUGUAGCCACGAAGGACUCCUCAGACAAUGCUUUGUUGUUGGAGUUUACUAAGAUAUCCUAUAAUAGCAAGGCGAUAACGGCGAUAUUUGAGCUUAUUGAUAAGGGAGAAAAAGCUAUUCCAGCCACUGUUUCAGUUGAAGGCAAUGCUCAAUCGUAUGGAGCGCGCGAUAUAGUUUCUGCUAUUAACAGCAUUCCCGUUAUCCAAUACUUACUUCCGCCUGCACAUGUUCUUUGUAACAAAAGUCUCUUGGCAGGUAGCAGCUGCUUCGAUGCAGCACAGUUAAUUGACGGAAUCGCGCUCUACGUGCAGCAGUGUUAUCCCGAGAAACCUGUUCCAAACUAUCUUGGAUUGCCCACCAAUGCCCUCCUAACUCAGAGCUUAAAGAAUAGCAUAACAACUAGGUCGCUGUUGGCACGAAUAAGUAUACAGAGUGGUACUCAGGAAAGUGCAUCAGACGGGAACGCGAUCGCCAGCAUAUAUGACACAAUUUUACAACUGUCAUCUAUCUAUGAGAAAGACGUUAAGCCCAAGCUGACUGUGUUUGCCACUAAACUUAAGGAGAUGGGAGCCUUUCUGAACGAAGCUCAACAAACAGAUCCAGCUAUUGCGCGGAUUAUUCCGAUUAUUGAUGAGCUUCAUCUACAAGGGAAUGUGAUAAUGUCAAUCGGAAAGGUCCUGGAAAGCGACUUCAAGGAAGCAGCUGCGGCGCAUAGCAAUUAUCUCCUUGCCAGCACACGGAUCAAGGCCAUUGCCUCUCUUAUCCUGAGUAGAAUUCUACCAGAACGAUGGUGCGUGGGAAUAACUGCUGUGCCCUGCCCAACAGCACCACACGACUCUCCUGAGCUAGCUACUCUUCGCAGUGGCGAUCCCUUCGAGUACUUGAGUACCUUUUUGACAAGCGCAUCCUCGAGCAUAGCCAGCGCAUAUGAGUCUUGCAGACAGAGUGUCAAUGAGUCAAGUACCAUGACGCAGAUCGAACUCGCUCUGUCAGACAUGCCACGACCCGCCGCAUUCAUUGAGGCUAUUCGUAGAUAUGAAGGCAUAGCUAUGGGCCAAGAGCUCAAUAGUAUCAAGUUGGUCGCCUCAUCUCAAGCUUGCAAUAAGCGUGCUCAUCCAGUAAUAACGCUUAAGGCUGGAAGCUGUGUUCUUCAGGGCUGUUCGUUGCGGACCCUCAUCGAUUUGAAUGUGGAAAGCGACCAACUGGAGAAUAUUUAUGUGUACUCGGCUGACAACGAGGCGCACCUCUCCUCGUCUGCAAUAGUUCCAUUCUAUGUGGACCAACUUAGAGAGUCACGGGUAGCUGGCAUAGAGGUCAUGCAUGUCAAGAUGUCUGCUUAUAGCAAAGAGGUAGAUGAGAUGGUAACACUAAACGGCAUUUAUGUCCAUCUAUCGAAUCGUUGA